AUGGCGCCGACGGGUGCGGCCGCCGAUAAUAUCGGCGGUAAUACGUACCAUACAUCUUUAGGGAUAUCUAUCAACCGUUCGCGUGAAACCGGUAUGAGAUCCAGAGUGAGACGGCUUUGGUCUCGCAAGACUAUCAUGAUUGUGGACGAAGUCAGCAUGAUGGAUCUACGCAUGAUCAGCGUGAUUGAUAAUCAAUGCAAGAUCGUCAAAGCCCUCGACAGAUCCUCCCUGAUCUUUUCGGUGGCCUUCCUGUUGUCAUCUUCAUUGGUGACUUUUUCCAGUUUCCACCUGUUCUGGGCCCGGCACUAUGGAGGGAACCAAGAAGAGGCAUAG